AUGAGUCGCUUCUUUAAGGCACUAAAUACUGAGCAGGACGUCUUCAGUGGCAAGUUGUUCUGUCCCUUUGAUACAGCGGUGGAGCUGGCAGCUUUCUCACUGCAGGCUGAGCUGGGUGACUGUGACCCCUCAGAGCACGGCCUCGACCUGGUGUCAGAGUUCCGCUUUGUACCCGAGCAGACAGAAGAGAUGGAGGUGGCCAUCUAUAACACAUGGAAAGAGUGCAGGGGCCAGAUGCCUGCGCAGGCCGAGAUAAACUACCUGAACAAGGCCAAGUGGCUGGAGAUGUAUGGGGUUGACAUGCACAUGGUGAAGGCCAGAGAUGGAAAUGAGUACAGUUUGGGACUGACCCCCACCGGGGUGCUGGUGUUUGAGGGAGAGACAAAGAUCGGACUGUUCUUUUGGCCCAAGAUCACACGGUUAGACUUCAAGAAGAACAAGCUGACCCUGGUGGUGGUGGAGGAUGAUGAGCAGGGCAAAGAGCAGGAGCACACGUUCGUGUUCCGCAUGGACCAUCCCAAGGCGUGUAAACACUUAUGGAAGUGUGCAGUGGAGCAUCAUGCUUUCUUCAGGCUGCGUGGCCCUGUUCAGAAGGGCUCCUCUAACUCAGCCUUCAUCCGCAUGGGCUCCCGUUUCAGAUACAGCGGAAAGACAGAAUACCAGACCACGAAGGGUAACAAAGCUCGGCGGUCAGCUACGUUUGAGAGACGACCCAGUCGUCGCUACUCCAGAAGAACUCUGCAGAACAGAGGUCCCUUUGUUCCUAAAUCCACAGAGAGCCAGAAUAAUGGAGUGAGUCCCAGUCAGGAGACAAAGUAUGUCCAGUCUCGGUCUGGAGUGUCCCCGGUCCCCAGCCAGCCCUUGACUCAGGGUCCAUUGACUAUUGAAGCUCUGCCUCGGAGUCCUGGUGGCAGCCAAUCAGUAAAGAGGAGCAUGCCUGAGGUGGCAAACCUGCUGGAGACCCGCGUGGACGACCUCGUACGGACACCUGUUACCAUGGCGACGGCAGGCAUGGCCGAAGAGGCGGGGCCGAGUGUUGCUCUUUCCACCCCCUGUGCGGUCACCGAGAGCCUCUGUCUGAAUGACGCUGCAGCUCGACUAAAGCAGCUGGAGACGGAGAGCACGCCGACCUCUGCUCCUGCUCGCUCUAACGUCAAUGUCAACAUCAACAACCAGGAGGACGUGUUGAAGCUGUCAGAGAAGAGUCUGAGCAGCGUGAGCAGCAGUCCUGUCCUGAGCCACCUAAAGGCACCGGAUGAGCUCAAGAGCAACAUCCUCAAAGCCCAGGCUGAGGCAGUGCUCAGGGGACCAAGAGAGGAGAUGGGACUCACAGGUGAAAAGAACUGUAACCAGGAAGCAGCAGCCAGGCUGCAGGGUCGAGGUGUGCAGACAGGUAGCACUUCCUCUCUUACGAUGGGAAGUCGGGAAGCAUUGAUGCAGACAUUCUCCAGCAGCCUUGAAGUGAAAGCAGUGGAGUUCAUCUCCUCUCCGUCUCCAGCCGAACCCCCGGAUGAAGCCUCCUGUGUCGAGGACAGAUCCGAGGCACGGGAGGCACAUGCGGCCCCCCACGUCGACAACCUGAUCGACUUCACCGACCCCACACCAGUCGUGCCGCCACCGCUGCCGCCGCCGCCCAAACCCAUCAUUACACCUCGAUGGAUCGUUCCUGCAGCUCCUGUACCUCCGCAGACCGGCACUUUUACUAACGGCCUCCUAGAGCUGGACAAAACAUCCCAGACAGCAGCACAGCAUAGUGAAGCUCCUUCCUCUCUGCCUCAUCCUCCUCACACUCAUAAUGUGAUCGCCACCAGCAUCGUGUCUCACCUGCCGAGGAACAACCACAGACCCAGAGGCCUGCUGACCACCGAACUCUAACACGCUCACGUCCGGCAGCUCCGACUACCUGAAACCUUCCCAGCAUUUCAUUUUAUUUGUUUAAACCCCCUCUACAUUCCAGCACAGAGACUUGAACUAGCGUGUGCAGAAUCUGUAGACAUGACGUGAAGACGUCCGCUCCGCUCCACACCGCACCGCUCCACACCGCACCGCGCUACGCUACACUUUUAUGAUGUAAGAGUACAGAAGGAUGUUUUGGAGACCAGCGGGAGUUUUGCACCGUCCUCACGGCAGAGACUCGGAGGGUCGUGGUGCCGCUCUGCCCUCUGCUGUUCUCACACAUCAUCCUGCUACAUCACUGUGAAAGAGCAAGCAGCUCCAUCAACCACUGCACAUCCACCAACACUGGAAACUUU